CCACACUUCGGGUGUAACUCUACUAGGAUUGCCAUCUGAGGUCUAUAUUUUUGGAGCCACGUAUUGGUUGACAGCGAUUUCGUUCAUCUUCGUUAUUGCGAUAACUAUUUUUGUAUUCCUUCCUGUUUUUCACAAGUUACAAUUGACGAGCGUCUAUGAAUAUUUGGGCCUCAGAUUCGAUGGGAGAUGCAGAAAAUUAUCAUCGAUUUUGUUCGCACUUUCCAUAUUUAUGCAUUCACCUAUUAUUGUUUAUAUUCCCGCUCUUGCUUUCGCAGCAGCAAGUGGUAUCGACGUUCAUAUCAUUACUCCCAUAGUUUGUGGAAUCUGUAUUUUCUACACUACCUUUGGAGGACUCAAAGCUCUAGUUUGGUCAGACACAGUAUUAUUCACAGUGACUACGGUGACUAUUUCUAUCAUUUCGUUUCUUGGAAUCCAUGCUGCGGGAGGAGUUGGUAAUGUUUUCAGAACGGCUAUCGAAGGACACCGUCUAGAUAUUUGGCAAUUUGAUUUCGAUUUGGUGGCAAGGGACUCUUUUUGGACGAUAGUUCUAGGAUUCACCUGUCACUUGAUAGGAAUAACCACAAUUAAUCAAGGAUGUACUCAAAAGUUCCUCUCAGUAGCUGAACUCAGAGAUUGCAAUAUAACUGUGGUCUUUUAUUGUUUGGGGAUGGUGUUCAUCAAAACCCUGUGUAUUAUCUGUGGAAUACUUAUUUACGUGAGAUAUGCUCUAUGUGAUCCCUUGACCACGAAGCAAAUCACUAAGAGCGAUGAGAUAUUUCCGUUCUACGUAUUGGAUGUUGCUGGAAACAUUCCUGGUCUGUCUGGAUUAUUCAUUGCUGGCGUGUUUUGUGCUUCUUUGAGUGCGCAAUCUUCCAGUCUCAACUGCGUAGCUGGUACUAUUUAUGAGGAUUUCCUUAAAACAACUCUAGAGAAGAGGGGCUAUAAAAAUCCUACCUUUUCCUUGAAGCUACUUGUUGCCAUUAUAGGAAUAAUUGGAACUCUGAUGGUAUACAUAGUUGAACAUCUUGGAGGUUUAUUAGCUCUGGCCAUUGGAAUUGGAGGGGUCACCAGUGGACCUCUUUUGGGAUUGUUUACAAUGGGAGUUCUUUUUCCUAGAGGAAAUGCUCUUGGUGCAUUUUAUGGAGCGAUCACCAGUACACUGUGCAUGUUUGUGAUAAUGAUAGGAAAUAGUUAUUACAAGAUGAAUAAGAUGUUGCACUAUCGAACCCUAGCAACAUCCGUUGAGAGUUGUGAUUUUUAUGAAAAUUCGACAAUAACACUGAAUUCCAGUUCAUCAAACGAUACAUAUAUCUAUCCAAUUUUCAAAAUAUCUCAUUACUGGUUUACUAUGAUCGGAGCCAUCAUAUGCCUGACCGUUGGCCUUUUCAUCAGUUAUUUGUCCAAAGAAGCAAAAUCAACAGUUGCUAAGGAGCUGUUGAGUCCCUCAAUAUAUGGAUUAAUAGAUGAAAAAAAGUAUAUGAACAAAAUGGAUCUGGAUUAUUCCAGUGUAGAAGAUGCUCUGAAUAAACUUGAAAAUGGAGAUGCAGGUAGAAGAAGGUCUUCCAAAUGGGAAGCAUUAAGAGAGGAGAGGCUGCGUAGGAAUUCCUCCAUUAAGGAACCUGUGUUUGAUGUUUAAUUGUUGGUUUGUUAUGUUGAUGAGUUUCAUCAUAUAUAUUAUCGAAUUUUCUUUCAUA